AUGCACAUUCUCAUCACUGGCGCGGCCGGUUUCAUCGGUCAAUUGCUUGCCAAAGAGCUGCUAAACGACCCCACAUAUCGCGUCACACUGACAGACAUUCACCAACCUCCAAUUCCCAACGGUGUCAAAUACCCACAAAAUGCGACCGCCGUCAAGGCAGAUCUUCUAACAGCGGCGAAGGAGGUCGUUGACGCUUCUCUGGAUGCGGUCUACGCCUUCCAUGGGAUCAUGUCCUCUGGAUCAGAGGCCAACUUUGACCUGGGCAUGAGCGUCAACAUUGACGCCACCCGGAAUCUAUUGGAUGCAUUGCGACACAACUGCCCUGGCGUUCGAGUUAUUUACUCCUCAAGCCAAGCUGUGUAUGGGCAGCCCCUGCCAGAGAUCGUGACCGACAACGUGAUCCCGACGCCUGAAUCAUCAUACGGUGCCGAGAAAGUUGUUUGCGAGACCUUGAUAAAUGAGUACACUCGGCGGAAGUUCAUCAAUGGAUUUACUCUGCGAUUUCCCACCAUCUCUGUUCGCCCCGGCGCACCAACUGCCGCCGCCUCUUCCUUCCUCUCGGGAAUGAUUCGUGAACCACUAGCUGGCCAGGAAUGUGUUAUUCCUAUCGAGGAUCGGUCGUUCAAAUCAUGGCUGUGCUCGCCAAAGACCCUGGUGCAUAACCUUCUCCUCACACUCAACCUUCCUGGGGACGCUGUACCCCCUCAUAUCCGCCAGAUUAAUGUGCCUGGUAUCUGUGUGACUGUCCAAGGCAUGAUGGAUGCCCUGGAGAAUGUCGGCGGUAAAGAUAAGCUCGGUCUUCUUAAAGAGAAAGAAGAUCCAGCUCUUAUUCCAAUCCUGAAGUCCUGGCCCACUCAGUUUGAUAACGCACAGGCUAUAUCCCUGGGCUUCAAGCGCGAUGAGUCCUUCGAGCAGGCAGUCAAAGAUUACAAAGAGGCCCUAUGA